AUGGGCCCGGCAGCCGAACAAGACACUCACUUCCUCGCCUCCUUCCGCUCAGACGUUCUCAGCGGGCCCAAUCAGAUUGACGCAGAAUUCAUUCAGGUACACGAAGGGAGCGGAUAUCCGUGGGAUCCGCCGGUUCACUUCUGUCUCUUGCAAGACGAGUUUACAGCCCACGACAACAAAGCCCGGGAAGAAGCUUCUCGUGCGAUAGAGGAAAUGGUUGAGCCUCACGGUCCUACGCUCGUACGCCUGUAUUUCAGACACAUUCAUCCAGUGCUGCCUGUUCUAUUCAAGGUCAGGUUUCUGAACCAAUACUCCGCAGACAAGACAAAGCUUCCUGCCUCCCUUCGAGGGGCAGUAUACGCACUAGCCUCAGUCUUUUGGAAGUCUGAGCCGUCACUACAAGGUUCCCUUCAUUUCCAACAGCAUGAGCUCGCAGACCUAGCCACAGGCUCUUUGCAAAGAGAACUCGACUCGCCAAAUUUAGCCAAGCUUCAAGCAUCCCUGCUCCUCCUCCACAUGACGCCCAACAGGACAGACAGUAUCGCGCACCCCAAAACCUGGACAUCGACAGCGCAGGCCGUAGCCGCUGCCCAGAUGAUUGGACUGCACCAGGACGCUGAGAAGUGGAAUCUCCCAUCAUGGGAAAAGAGGCUGCGGAGGAAGCUUUGGUGGGCUACGUAUAUGACUGACGUGUGGUCGGCAGUGUGCCACGGAAACCCGCCACAUAUCUAUGCUGCUUCUUUUAACACGUCACCCGUCACUAUGGACGAUCUGCGAUCCGAUGAGAGCGUUCCUGAGGACUUGCGAUCACUGGUCUAUUCGUGCAAUGUAGGAUUUGAUAUUGCUUCUGGAGCGCGGUUUCUGGAGUUGGUAAGGAUAAGUCAGACCUUGCGAGAGGCAAUGGACUGCAGUUUUCAAAUACCCAGGCUUGCGCCACCAGACUCACAGAAGAUGGAAAUGGAGAAUCGAGGGCGUCUAGUCUCGCUCCAGGGAGAACUCCAUAAUUGGGCAACGAUCCUGCCGCAAUGUCUUACGAUGCCUCAUCUCGAAAAGACAAUAGGUAUUGUAUCCAAUAAUGGUAUGUUUUCAAAGGAAAGUCCCAGCGAAGAUCUUGAUCUGACGGGGGCAGCGCCCCUACAUCUAGCGUAUUACGCCCACUUGGCGCUUCUUUACCGUGCCCUCAUGAAUCCAGCUACCAAGGUUGCCAAGGCAAUACCAUCAUCCAGCCUUCGCCUGUGGUUCGGCACGGCACUCUCAGACUUUGCUAGUUUCACGGACUUCAUGAGUGAACUAACCCCUAUGGACCUACGAGGCUUCUGGGGCUGCCACGCCCGCUCUCAGCUCAUACUCUGCGGCAACUUCAUCAUUUACCUGUUUGUGCUGGCAACUGAGCCUGGAGACAUCACAUCAGCCUUUAAGUUGCUGGAGAGCUUUCACGACACCUUGCAGCGGUUGAAAAGACACGUCGACUCAAUCUCGGAAUUACUUCUCCUUCCGGUCAGUCUUCGGAUCGACUCCUUCUUUACCCAGGCAGCCGAUCGACUACGUGGUGGGCCAGUUGCCGACAGUACAACUACUGCGAUUUCGACUCCCGGAGCGGCGCCAAUACCACUCAUGAACAACCCCUAG